AUGUCCCAAACACGUCUUAAGAUCGACACGUCGGUGGCAGGGAUUGCUGGUCCAUCCUUCGCUCGGGGCCUCACUCCUGCAUCGGCGCAUAGCAGUGCAUACAGCAGCAGGUCUCGCAGUGCAUCCUCUGCCUCCGCAUCAUCGUCCGCAUCAGGCACCACACAUGCUGUAUCAAUAUCUACCACCCCCUCCUCCGUCGUUUACGUGGGCGUCGCGGAUCCAACCGCCUGUAGUCCUGCUGGGUCCUCAGACUCGUUGACCAUGGAUACUGUCGGGGAAGCCAACGAGUAUGUCCUCGCCAUGCAUGACUUCGCACCGCAACACCAGAACGUGACGUGCCUCGCGUUUCGAGCGGGACAGGUCAUUCACGUGCUCAACCGCGACUCAAGUGGAUGGUGGGAUGGUGAGCUAGACGGGAGGAGGGGUUGGUUUCCGAGUAACUACGUUACUUCUGAAGUCAGUCUCCUGACAGAAGAGGAACUUCCAAAUCACAUGCGCACUCGUCCUGGACACUCACAUUCCAUGUCUGCGGUAUCGGCAACCUCGUGGGAUACCACGGCGUCGCUAAGGGAGAAGACGUUCUACAGGACUGAUCACCGCCCAUUAGCCGCGGAGUCUGGUAUGGACACGUACUGUCUACCUCUUAUGGUCCCACUCCUGCACGGACUGUCCCUGCUGCAGAACGCUGCACAAGCCAACCGAAUAGCUCACUUCCAACCCUCUACUGCCUGCAUGAUCUCAUGCGUUCGUGCGAUCUUGUCCGAGGUCGGGUGCCUACCACGCGACUCGCCCGUGCUGAGACGGCACGGCGUUCUGGCGCAGGAGCGCAAGCGCAUCCUUUCAGAUCUUGCGUCGCUUGUCUCGCAGUCAAAGCGUGCAUCGGAAGGCAUCACAAACGAGGAGCUCAGGGAGCUAGAGGCGGAGGCGAUGGUACGCGUAGGCGGCCAACUGUUUGCGCACGUCCGGGGCUUUCUCGCCGUAGCUGUACAGUGCGGGAUUACCCUGCCUGCGCAGGAGCGACACACUUCGGGAUCGGGCGGCAAUGGGCCCUGGGACAGCCCAGAGGGAACUUUGGUUCGCCCGGAAGAUACAGUUACGCCUCUCCCUGGUGAAUACGAUUCUUACUGGGAGGUAUCAGAGAAAACGACGAAUGCGAUCGAGCGUCGGUCUGUCAUGCGAUAUCGAGAGGAUUCGGGCAAGGGUAAUCCUCUCUCCCGUGCGAAAAGCAUGGGCGAUCUCAAGACCCGCAGACAAAUUGGGAUUGGUCUACCUUUGGGGCCACAUAACAGGUCGAUUGGGAGCACUCCUCCACCAAGACGGGACCGGGCAAGCAAUGCGAGCCGGAUUGUCAAGACCAUCAUGUCGACUCAUAAGUCUGGUCAGUACUCCGUCAGCAGCGUCUCUUCAACUUCUUCCUUUUCGUCUGGCGAGUCCAUUGGAACGCCUGCUACGCCAGUGUUUCCCUCCGGCCCAUCCAACACAGCCGAGGUUAUGGAAGCGCUGCGGUACACUCACGAUCACUAUUUGUCUACUAUCGCCGCAUUCAUCGGACACGCGCACUCUCACUCGCGCACCUCUCACGCGUCGAGUACGGGACACAUGUACGAUCUUGUACGGGAAGUUGUGGACAUGGUCUGCAAACUGCUGACGAUCGUGGAAGCGGUCUUGAAGCAUCCCGAUAUCCCGGCUCAUAAAGCUGAGAGCUUGAAAGCUGCAAAGGAGGGCCUGUACAACGUUACGAGCAAGCUCGCCGAUUCUGUACGGCUCCUCACGGUAUCACCAUCUCCGGACGUGUCUGAAGAGGAAGAAAAGGAGACUCUUCUGCGAUGCGCCACCAAUGCGCUGAAGGCUGGUUCCGACUGUGUGAGCGCCGUCAAGAAGUGUCUGCAACGCUCUAUGGGCGAGCGUCCGUUCAUCAUUCAGUUACCGUUACUGGGAGAUACAGAUGCGGCGAACUUUACGCCACGCAAGUUCACGCAGCAAGCGAUCGGUCACGUUCAGCACCUCAGCAAGUCGUCCAGCCUCCACGCGUUGCAUGAACUCUACACAAUGAACGACGUCGAGGGCGAGGACGAGGACCUCACCAUUCAAGCACAGACAUUCUCGUCCGUCGAGACACCGAUACGGCCAGAGAGGCGGUCUGCUGACAUCCCAGAAGAACCUGCUGCAAGGGCAAAACUGGAGAUUUCUGAGGAGCAAGAACCGAUGUCUACACUGCAAGAAGAUAAGCCUCUUCCGCCCGUUCUCAUCACUACGGAGAGCGUCGAACCUGAUCCUCCUUCGCCCGUGUCGUUUGCGCCUACUGAUGACGACAGGACAACAUGGGAAGGAAGCCAACGACAGCUGCACUCGCCAAAUUCGCUCGAGGAGAAGCUGCUGAACGGCGAUCUCCCUGCAGUACCCAACGCGUCAUUGUUGACUGCUACCCCAGUGCCAUGGACGAUCUCGCAUGACCAUACUCCAGACGAUGUAGCAUAUAACGGAGAUGGGCAGCUCGUCGGCGCCACACUGGCAGCCCUCGUCGAACGCAUGACACCGCAUGAUUCGCUCGUGGAGCCGCCGUUUGCCGCCGUUUUCUUCCUGACUUUUCGGUUGUUCACUACUCCCAUAGAGCUUGUAGAAGCCAUCAUUGGCCGAUAUAAUAUCCUACCUCCUCCAAGUCUUUCGGAUGAAGAUCUGUACGCCUGGCAACAGCGCAAAGGUCUGCCCGUGAGGCUGCGUGUGUCGAACUUCGUGAAGUUGUGGCUGGAAAGCUACUGGCGGCCAGCGACGGACAAUGUAGUUCUCCCAGCGUUGGUGGACUUUACACGGGAUGCUUUGUCUGGGAUGUUCCCUGUUCCUUCGCAGCGCAUUAUGGAACUCAUCAAUCAGUGGGUAGUAGCUAGCGAGAAGGGCGUUGAUCUCAAGGUUGAGCGUGUUAGAGAUGCUGGAAUCCCUCUGAAUCCGCCUUCCAUUGCUCCUUCGGAGGUCCCGCGGCCGAUCAUGACGAAGACGGUUCUGAACGCCCUCCGCAACAGGAACUUCGCUUCCAUCUCUGUCACUGAUUUCGACACGUUGGAACUGGCGAGACAGUUGACGACGAUGGAGUGCACGCUCUACUGCGCGAUUCAGCCUGAGGAGAUCUUGGAAACGGGACAGCACGGCGGCACAUCAUCUGUCAAUGUCAAGGCCCUGACCUCGCUGAGCACCGUGAUUACUGGUUGGGUUGCGGAAAGCAUCUUGAACGAGCUUGACACCAAGAAGAGGACUGCUCUGGUGAAAUUCUUCAUUAAACUUGCCGAUCGUUGCGUUUCCUUGCAGAACUACAGCACCCCCCGGUCAAUACUUGCCGCGCUAGAUUCCUCCACCAUUUCUCGUCUCCAACAGACUUGGUCGGGCUUGGCUCAGAAGAAUAAGUUGCAACUUGAGGCCUUGCGGAAGCUAGCUGACCAUGCUCGCAACUAUUCGGAGUAUCGAUCACGUUUGAGGAACACUGCACCGCCUGCAGUCCCUUUCUUGGGUCUUUACUUGACGGACGUGACAUUCUGUCGCGAGGGCAAUCCCUCACACAGAGCCUCGCCGAAGUCACCUGAGAAGAAGCUAUUGAACUUCAACAAGUACCACAAGCUCGCGCGCAUUGUUCAAGACAUGCAGCGCUUCCAAGUCCCGUACAACUUGAAGUCUAUACCGGAAGUGCAAGAAUUCCUGAAACAUUUAUUCGAGCAAUCCAAACACCGAGGAGACCUGCAGGACCUCUACCGCCGGAGUUUGAUGAUUGAACCUAAGCAACCGGCGGACACUGCUCCGGCUAGCGAUGUGCGACAGCUCUUUAAUUGGGCGAGCCGGUCGCAGCCCUCUCAACAUCCUACCCCCACUUCUGCAUCAUGA